GGACGCGUUCGCUCCCCGCACUUGCAGUUUCCAAAGUUCGCGCCGUCGCCUUUAUUUUGAUAAUAAGCGCGAGUGUAGUAAAGCCAAAUACAAGCGGAUAAACAAAAUUAAUGGCAAUUCGCGUAAUCAGCUUCAAUGCAGGCGUCGCACAAACCAAAACAAAGCGAUACGUAAAAUAUCAUAAAGUUCCGAAAGCCCGAAACCAAAAAAAAAGAAAAGAACGGCAAAAACAAUAACAACCCGAGCAGAGAAACAGAAUAUUAAAUAAAGCAAAAGCAAAAUCAGCAACAAAUCGCAUCUAGGCACAAGCCCCAUUUGGUUGGACGGGUUAAUGAAACAAUCGGAAAACGCGACACGUACCGAGCCAGCCAGCCAGUCAGACAGACAGACAGACAUCGACAAGAACCACACAUAUAUAGUACAUAUCUAUUCUACGCUCCAUUAUAAUAACGAUCCCAAAUCAAUAGCAGUAAAUCGCUCUGGACCUCAAGACAGCCCAAAUUCGAUAUGGAGCAAACGCGCAGCAUGCUGAGCAAACAUUCCAAGGAUGUGGAAUUUCAGGAUGUCUUUUACACUGUCGAUCAGCGCACUAAUUUUUUUCGCGUCAGCGGACAGCGCCAAAUCUUGAAAGGCGUCAGCGGCAGCUUCCGCAAUGGACAACUAUCGGCUAUAAUGGGGCCCUCGGGGGCCGGAAAAAGCAGUUUGCUGAAUGCGAUUUCGGGUUUUAGAAGAACUGGCGUCAAGGGCAGCAUCAAAAUAAAACGCGAUAAUGCCUGCUAUAUAACACAGGACGAUCACCAUCAGACGCUGCUGACGGUCGAGGAGCUAAUGAAUCUGUCGUAUGAUUUGAAAUUGAAGCAGUGCCACAAAAAGGAGGAGAUUCUCACGGAAAUACUCAAGAAUCUGAAUCUGAAUCAUCGACGCAAUGUCACCGCCGAGAAACUGAGCGGCGGCGAGCGUAAGCGUCUCUCCAUUGCCCUCGAGCUUGUGGACAAUCCGAACAUCUUCUUUCUCGACGAGCCCACCAGCGGCCUGGACGAGGUGACAGCGGCCCAGUGUAUACGCCUGCUGAGAGAAAUGGCGCGCGAGGGUCGCACCAUUGUCUGCACCAUACAUCAGCCGUCGGCGACAAUCUACAACUAUUUCGAUAGCAUCUAUGUGCUGGCCAAGGGCCAGUGUGUCUUCCAGGGUAGUCCGCAGGCCACAAUACCCUUUUUGCGUCUGGCGCAAAUCGAUUGCCCGCGCCACUACAGCCCCUCGGAUUACAUUAUUGAGGUAAUUGAUGCCGAGGAGGGACAAUUGGUGCCGCUGCUUAGCGAGCUGACGGACAAUGGCAAGCUCACCUACCGGGCCAAGCAAACGGAUCUGGUUGGAUCUCCACUGGAGCCACAGCAGGCCAUCACGACGCUGUUCGUGGAGCAGCCGAAGCGUCAAUUUCUUCCACCGAUCUUUGCCGGCACCGCUGCAUCCACCGAUGGCACCUUGAUGGGCGCUGCGGGCGCCUUGCUGGAGCAUGUGAAGGUCUACUCGCAGCGCCUGCACAAUGAGCGCGCCCAUGAGAUAUCCGGACUGCAGCAGUUCCUGGUGCUGAUGCGCGUCAUGCUGUUACGCACAAUGCGUGCCCGUCUGGCGCUGGCCAUCCAACUGAUCCAUCAUACGCUUUGCGGCCUGUUCUUUGGCCUGAUAUUCUUCCAGCUUGGCAAUCAGGGUGCACGCAUGUUCGACCAUCUCAAGUUCUGCAUUGGCGCCGUCCUCAUGAUUGUCUACACCCAAGUAAUGGUGCCUAUACUUAGCUAUCCCGCCGACGUCAAGGUGGUCAAAAAGGAGACCUUCAAUCGCUGGUAUACCCUUAUGCCCUACUAUAUGGCGCUCAGCAUAUCGCGUCUGCCGCUGCAGGUGCUCCUCAAUCUCACCUUUAUGGCCAUGACCUACUGGAUGUCCGGGCUGCCGGAGCAGCUCUGGCGCUUUUGCAUUUUUGUUGCCGUCGGACUGAUGAUCUCGCUGGUGGCUGAGGGCAUGGGCCUGGCCAUUGGCGCUACCUUCAGCAUAACAAAUGGCAGCGUGGUGGGUCCUAUGAUUAUAGCACCGCUCAUGGGCCUCGCUAUUUAUGGCUUUGAUUUUGCGUCUCAAAUCCCCGGAGGCAUGAAUCUAUUGAUGAAAUUUAGCUAUGUACGCGUGGGUGUGGUGGCCCUAAUAUUGACCGUGUUCGGAUUUCAGCGGGAGGAGCUGGACUGCGAUGACAUCUACUGCCACUUCAGCGAUCCGCGAGUGCUGCUCAAGUUCUUGGACGUGGACAAGGUAUCGAUACUGCACCAGUUCGGUCUGCUGGCAAUGCUGAUGAUCUUCUUCCGGGUGCUCGUGUACAUCAGUUUGCGCAAGCGCUGUUACACAUGAGCAGCUCGGAUGCAAUGGAAUUUGCUAAACUACAAUAUAUGUAUAGUUAUAGCAAAAGUCUAUGCUGUGAUUUGGAUUUAUACACUCACAAGUAGUGCUGAUGCCUACCUAGUAAUAGAAAUAACUAACAGUUUGUACAUACUCCUAACUGCUAAAUGUAUUAUGUGCACAGUUGAUUGCCCCACGUAAACGAACGCUCAGAUAAGUUGGUGCUUAGAUAGUUUGUAAAUAUCUUGUUAGCAUACCACUCCCAAGUAUAAGCACAUGUUAAUUAAUAGCUGUGCACUUCUUACGUCUAGUUUGUAAGCAUAGUUUCUGUAAGAUUUCUGGUAAUAGUGACAUGUACAUAAGAAAAAUAAUAUUU